AUGUUCUCUGCCAUGCUGAUGGACGCCUACCGUGAUGAACGCCCUGGGAUCCGCGUCGUCUACAGGACGGACGGUCACCUCUUGAAUCAACGACGGAUGCACUUCCAAUCACGCGUAUCCACAACCACCGUUCACGAACUUCUCUUCGUCGACGACUGCGCUCUGAACACCACCUCGGUAGAGGAGAUGCAGGGGAGCAUGGAACUGUUUUCCGCCGCCUGCGAGAACUUCGUUCUGGUCAUCAACACGCAGAAGACGGUGGUCAUGCAUCAACCGUCACCAAACACAGCCACUCCUGCCAACGCGCCGCAAAUCAACGUGAAUGGGACCCGACUGCAAGUGGUGGAGAACUUCCCGUACCUGGGCAGCACCCUCUCCCGUAGCACCAAAAUCGAUAACGAAGCCGCUCGCAGAAUCUCGAAAGCCAGUCAAGCCUUCGGUCGCCUCCAAAGUACAGUUUGGAAUCUUCACGGUCUCUAA